AUGGCGUCUCCAAGUUCAUCAGCAUCCAAGUUUCGACCCGCUUUUCUCGGUAGCUUCAUCCCCUUCCCGGAAAAUCAUGCACGUUCCAGCUUCAAAAUCUCCGGCAGGUCCAAGAUUGUUGUCCCGGUGACCUUGUCACUCUCCGGCAGAGACAGCAGAGCCUUCAGGAAGACAGAGUACCUACCCGAAGGAAGCCUCCAUCUUUCGGGAAAAACAGCUCGCCCGAGCGAGUUACAGGAUUCGGCUGAUGAAAUCGGGAAAUUUCACUUCUCGAGUGUGAGAGAAAUUCUGGGGUUCUUCGGAAGCAAUGGAAGAAUUCGGAGUUUAUCCGUUUUCAACGAGAUCCUGUCAACGUUAAUCAGACGGGACGAGAACGACCUUGCAUCCGAGCUUUGCUCUUACCUUCCAAGUUACGAGCUCGUCCCAGAUCUCCGUACAUUUUCAUUGAUGGUCAGAUGCCAUUGCAGAAGAAACAAAUUUGACAAGGCUAAGCAGACCAUGGACGACAUGUUGGAAAUGGGGUAUCGCCCAGACAUCGCCACUUUCACUGUUCUCAUAGACUGCUUCUGCAAAGACGGAAAACUUCAGAAGGCGUUUGAGAUCUUCGACUCCAUGAGGAAAAUCCAAUGCGAACCCACGAUUCGCGUAUACAAUUGCUUGCUAAAGGGUUUGUGUUACGUUGGACGGGUUGAGGAAGCCUAUGAGAUGAUAAUCGCCAUCAAGAACAACAAAUCAGUAACGCCUGAUAUGUACACAUUCACAACUGUCAUGGAUGGAUUCUGCAAAGUCGGGAGAUCAGACGACGCCAAGGAACUGCUCCAUGAAGCGAUGGAGGCGGGAUUAGAACCAGGGCCCAUCACGUACAACACUCUGUUCGAUGGGUACUGCCGAGAGGGACGACCGAUGAAAGGGUUUAAUCUAUUGAAGCUCAUGAAACAGAGGAAAUGCUCUCCGGAUUCCAUCACUUACAGCACUCUCAUGAACGGAUUCCUCAAGUGGGGAAAGUUUCGGGCUGCGUUAAGCGUGUACAAGGAGAUGGAAAGGACGGGUCUUGAACCAGAAGACAGGAUCUUGAAACGCUUAUUCAGAUGCCUAUGCGGGAAGUCACUUGAGGAACCAGACCUCGUCGAAGACGCCCACCAGUUGUUCGACAAAACGACCAAGAGAGCACUCACGGCAAAGAGAAAGCUCAUGGCGAUAGAUGUGGAUGUUCUGGGCAUGCACAGCCUAAUGAUACGGGCGUUCUGCGUGGGAAGGCGAUUCGACGAAGCUGUCGAGUGUCUAGAACGAGCGAUAGAGUUGGGGAUUGUUCCGAGGACGAUCGCGUUUAACAAUUUGGUACAGGGGCUUAGUGGAGAAGGUAGGAUUGAAGAGGCCAUAAACAUCCUACUUGUGAUGUACGGACAAGGCAAGAUUCCAAGUACAACGUCGUACGAUACAUUGAUCAAGGAACUGAACCGACGGGGAAUGUGGGCCGUGGCUUCAGCCUUGUAUGGUGCAGCUCUGAAGCGCCGCGUGUUUCCGCGCCGUACAUGA